UAACCCCCAAAUUCUCUUUUUUGCCUGGGAGAUGUGUAGACGUGCACAUUCAUCGCUCAACUUCGUUUUAUCACCUUCAGGCUUGAUCAUAUCAAAUCCUUUGUAUCGAGAUCUCAUUUGAUGGGUUGGGGAAGCAUCUAUAUUAGACGUAUGAAAGUUUUCUCUUUGGCACUUCUAAUCUACUUCGAUUAUAAGUCUUUAAAGCAGAGGGAGAAAUGGACAAACAGCUCUGACAGAGCCAUUUUAUGGGAGAAAGCCCAUGAGCGCAAUGCUAACCGUAUUGUUAAGUUGAUCAUAGAGCUGGAAGGUAUGUGGGUAAAAAUGGGACAAUAUUUUUCCGUGCGUGCUGAUGGGCUUCCUGGUGCCUAUCCACGCCUUCUGAAGCAGUUACAGGACUCACUUCCUCCUCGCUGCUUGAAAGAGGUUUGCAGUACCAUACAGAAGGAGUUGGGGAAGUCGAUGGAUGAUCUAUUUAUAAAUUUUGUUGAGGCACCUCUUGCAACCGCAUCAAUAGCACAAGUUCAUCGCGCAACUCUACGAGACGGGCAAGAGGUGGUUGUUAAAGUUCAACACGAGGGCAUCAAGACAAUAAUCUUGGAGGACCUGAAGGAUGCUAAGUCAGUAGUAGAGUGGAUAUAUUGGGCAGAACCAAAGUUUAAUUUCAACGCUGUAAUAGAUGAAUGGUGCAAAGAAGCCCCUAAGGAACUGGAUUUCAACAGGGAAGCUGAGAAUACUAGAAAAGUCUCUAAUAACCUUGGCUGCAAAGAAGGAUGCCGUGACAAAAAGCCUGAGCAUCGUGUUAAAGUAAUGAUGCCUGAAGUUAUUCAGUCAACUGAAAGGGUCCUCAUUCUAGAGUAUAUGGACGGUGUACGUCUGAAUGAUUCCCGUUCGCUAGACUCACUUGGUGUUGACAAGAAAAAUAUUGUUGAAGAAAUAACACGUGCGUAUGCACAUCAAAUUUUUAUUGAUGGAUUUUUCAAUGCUGAUCCUCAUCCUGGUAAUUUCCUUGUAACCAAGACAUCUCCACAUCAUCCGAUUUUGCUUGAUUUCGGGUUUACGAAAUCGCUUUCGGGCUCCAUGAAGCAUGCCGUAGCAAAAAUGUUUCUCGCAUCUGCUGAGAGUCCCACAUCGGCUACACUUGGACCGUUUCUGCGGUAUAUAUGUUGGAGCCUCCCCUUCUUCCUCAACAGUGGGGAACACAAUAACUUUUUGAGCGGGUGCACCUUUAAGGUGGAUCAAAGGAUUUCAAAGGCGUUAUCAGCGAUGAUAGGACCAAAUGGUCAUCAAUUUUCCAAUGAGGUGGCCAUAUUUGCCUUUGCCAUAUAUGAACAUGAACUCAUAUUGGACCGUUGGAGGAAAUUCAGUAAUGGCUGGCAUGGAGGUGUUAAAGUGGAUGAGUUGGGUCUUGAGGGGAGGCAUGGGACAGUAGCACAAAUUGGAUCAAUGGUGGGCAAUGACAAUUACUCUAAGAGUAGCAAUUGGAUCAGUGAUGAUUGGAUGGCUAAGAUGAUCGAUCUCCAGCUUGAUGCUUUUUCAGGCGAUAUUAUAUUGUUCUUGCGGGUCCUUAAUUUGCUUGCAGGGCUUUCUACGGCAUUGAAUGUGAGCGUUAGCUAUUAUAGAAUCAUUAGACCGUUUGCUGAAUUUGCUCUGGAAUGUGACACAACUGAGGGACCUGUGGAUAGUGCAGAAUGGGUAUGUGACAGCCCUAUCAACUCUGAUGUAGAAGCAAAGCUAAGGCCUCUGUUAGUUAAGCUGCGCAAUGCCGAUAAAAUACUUGGAAUCCAGGUUUGUGCCUACAAAGAUGGGAAAGUGAUCAUUGAUACUGCUGCUGGGGUUCUCGGAAACUAUGAUCCUUCUCCAGUUCAGCCUGAUACCUUAUUUCCUGUUUUCUCUGUAACAAAGGGAGUCACAGCUGGAAUGUUGCAUUGGCUGGUCGAUAAAGGGAAAUUGAAGCUUGACGAGAAUGUUGCAAACAUCUGGCCAGAGUUCAGUUCAAACCGAAAAGAUCUAAUAAAGGUUCAUCAUGUACUUAAUCAUACAUCUGGUAUGCACAAUGCUCUGGCCAGCCUUGUGCAAGAUAAUCCAAUGUUAUUGUGCGAUUGGGAUGAGUGCUUGAAAUGCAUUGCUACAUUAGCACCAGAGACUGAACCUGGUCAACAACAGUUGUAUCAUUACCUGUCAUACGGUUGGCUAUGUGGUGGGAUCAUUGAGCAUGCAUCAAAGAAGAAGUUCCAAGAAAUCCUUGAUGACGCUUUUGUUCACCCGCUCAACGUCAGUGGAGAGUUUUAUAUUGGAAUCCCUCCAGGUGUGGAAUCCCGACUUGCAACACUCACACUUGAUACAAAUGAUCUCAACAGAUUCUAUGAAAUCAGCAGCCCUAGAUCUAGCUCUUGCUCUAGCUCUAGCUUUAACUCUUCCUCCAUUUUCCAGGUCGAUGUACUUGCGGGCUUAAUUCCCUUAUUUAAUACACUCAAUGUCCGCCGUGCCAUUUUACCUGCCGCCAAUGGGCAUUUCUCAGCUCGUGCACUUGCCCGCUACUAUGCCACCCUUGUCGACGGAGGUUUGGUCCCACCAUCCCAUUCCUCCUCGUCCCAGCCACCACUGGGAAGCCACCCUCACCAUCCCACAUCUACUUCAAAAGACAAAAAACAUCGUGGAAAAAAGAAAGACUCUAAAAGAGAACCAAAGGAUGAUGCUUGUAAAAUUUUCAGUAACCAAAAACAAAAAAUCUUUGAUUCCUUUUUGGGUCUAGGAGAAUACAAGAAAUUAACUUUUCCCGAUGGGAAAUUCGGGCUUGGAUUCAAAAGGGUGUGCUCAACAGAUGGCUCACUAAUUGGGUUCGGCCAUGCAGGCUUGGGUGGAUCCACGGCAUAUUGCGAUAUAAGCAACAGGUUUGCGAUUUCUGUGACCCUAAACAAGCUGUCUUUUGGGUCUGUGACCAAAGAUAUAAUCCAAUUUGUGUGCUCAGAGUUAAACAUUCCAAUACCAGAAGAUUAUGCAGAUUCCGGCUUAACACCCAUCAAUUGAAGGGUAAAAUAGACACUUCACUUUGUUGUACCUCAUAUCAUGAAAGCAUGAUCCCUUACUGCCAUUUUAAGUUGCAACUGUAUUGUAAUCCUUAGUUAUAAUCAAAUGUAU